AUGACGCUUGUAAUUUAUCUGACUGGCCUGGCCCUGGUUUUAAUGAAGGUCCAUGCAGCCCCAUCAAACGGAGAAAAACUGGUGCAAACCACCAGGGUCAGGAGACAAGCCCCAGAGGGCGACAGCAGCCUAGGCAACCAAACCCAGCCCAUGAUCUUCAACCACGUGUACAAUAUCAACGUACCUCUGGAAUCCCUCUGUUCUGUGGAUCUGGAGUCCACUACAGACCAAGGGACAAAGGGGGAAACCGGGGGUGACAAGACCCCAACGGAGUACACAGAGCAGACGGUGGACGCGGACAGUCAGGUGACUUUUACCCACCGCAUCAACAUCCCCAAACAGGCCUGCGGGUGCCCUGCCGCCACCGCCAUGCAACAGCUGGCCACUCGAAUUGAGAUGCUGGAGAGGGAGGUGUCGCUGCUCCGUGCCCAGUGCAGUCCCAGCUGUUGCGGAGAGAGCUCUGCCAUUGGUCGACUGGACUUCGUCCCUCACUGCAGUGGCCACGGGACCUUCAGCAUGGACAUCUGUGGGUGUGUGUGUGAGGAGGGUUGGACAGGUAAAAACUGCUCUGAACCACGCUGCCCGGACGACUGCUCUGGUCAGGGAGUGUGCAUAGAGGGCGAAUGCGUCUGCGACCGGGACUUUGGAGGAGAAAACUGUUCCGAGCCUCGGUGUCCUAGCGAUUGCUCCGACAGAGGGCUGUGCAUUGACGGAGAGUGUGUUUGUGAAGAGGCUUUUUCAGGAGAGGACUGUUCACAGGGCAGAUGCCUGAAUGACUGCUCAGAUCAAGGCCUCUGCGUGAAUGGAAGCUGCCAGUGUCGGCCUGGCUUCAUGGGGGACGAUUGCUCUGUGGUCUUCUGUGCCAACAACUGCAGUCAAAAAGGAGUCUGUAAGGAUGGCUUUUGUGUUUGUCAAGAGGGCUACGCUGGAGACGACUGUGCCUCAGUGGCGUCUCCCGUCAAUCUAAAAGUUCAGGGAGUAACAGAGACCACCAUUGAUCUAGAGUGGGAGGGGUCAGUGGUGCUGACAGACUACCUAAUCACUUAUGCCCCCACAAGCCCCGGCGGCGUACAGCUGGAGAUUAGGGUGCCAGGCAAUGUCACCAACACCACCAUUAAGGAGCUGGAGCCUGGCAUUGAGUACAACAUCAACGUCUACGCUGUCCUUAACAAUGUCAUCAGUGUACCUCUCAGUGCCCAGAUCUCAACCUAUCUCUCAAAUCCAGACGGUUUACUCUUCAAAUCCAUCACAGAGACAUCCGUAGAGGUUCAGUGGCAACCCUUGGACUACUUGUUUGAUGGCUGGGAAAUAAGCUUCAUUCCCAAGGAUAAUGACGGAGGGAUGACGGCCCAGUUGCCAAGCACCAUCACCUCUUUCCACCAGACGGGACUCAGACCAGGAGAAGAAUAUACGGUCAGUCUGGUCGCCCUCAAAGACCAGGGCAGGAGCCAACCCGUGACGGCCACCGUCACCACACUGAUUGAUGGACCAACUGAACUUAUAGUGAGAGAUGUGUCAGACACAGUGGCAUUUGUUGAGUGGACUCCGCCCAAGGCUAAAGUAGACCAGAUCAUACUUCGCUACUGCCUCAUAGGGGACGAUGGACCGAAGACCACUUUUCGGCUACAGCCAACUUUGAGCCAGUACUCCCUGCAGGUCCUACGGCCUGGAUCCCGCUAUGAAGUGUCCGUCAGUGGGGUCCGUAAGGGAAACGAGAGCGGGGUUGUCUCUACAGAGUUCACCACAGAGAUUGACGCGCCUAAGAACCUACGGGUGCUCUCUAAGACCUCCACCACGCUGGAGCUGGAGUGGGACAACAGUGAGGCCGAGGUGGAAGGAUACAGCGUGGUCUACAGCACACUGGCAGGAGACCAGUAUGACAAGAUCAUCGUCCCACGCAGUGAAGGAGCCACCACCACAACCACUCUCACAAAUCUACUCCCUGGGACUGAGUACGGCAUAGGGAUAUCUGCAAUUCUUGGUGUCAACCAGAGCACACCAGCGACUAUGAAUGCCCGGACAGGUCUAGACAUCCCCAUGGACCUGACCGUGACCGACUCGACAGAGAACUCCAUCACCUUGCUGUGGGGCAUGGUACAAGGUCCCAUUGACCACUACCGGGUCACUUACACCUCUUCCUCGGGAGUGACCACAGAACUAACUGUACCCAAGGACACCAACACAGCUACUCUACCUGAUCUGGAGCCAGGCACAGAGUACACCAUUAGAGUGAGUGCGCAGAGAGGAAGGCAACAGAGUGCAGCCGCCACUAUUGACGCCUUCACAGGGUUCCGCCCUGUUACACAGCUCUAUUUCUCUGAUGUCACGUCUGAUUCUGUGACCGUGGCCUGGGGUGCUCCCGCCCCGCCCGCCGAUGCAUUCAUCUUGAGCUACAGCACCCUGGAUGCUAGUGAUAGUUCCCAGGUCACACUGGAAGGCGUGAAAACAAGAACCACACUUACAGACCUGUUGCCUUCCAGGCAGUACGCAGUCACCUUGCUAACGCUACACGGAGACGCAACCUCCGAACCGAUCACAGGCACGGUCAUCACAGGUAUGGACCCUCCUAAAGAUCUGACCGUGUCGUUGGUGAUGGAGGAUUCGGUUACCCUGACGUGGGCUCAGCCUCUCGCACCCUUUGAUUACUACAAAAUGUCUUACCAAUCAUCCAAAGGCAGAAUGGACAGUGUGGUGAUAGACAAGGAUAUCACAAACUACACCCUGACCAACCUUCAUCCAGCAACGGAGUAUGAGAUUAACUUAAAUGCAGUACGGGGAAGCCAGGAAAGCAAGGUUGUCACCACCAGUGUCUUCACAGCCAUGGACAUGCCGACGGAUCUGACCGCCUUGAACGUCACGCCUCAGGGGGCUUUGCUUCGUUGGAACGCACCGCUCUCCAGCGUGGACAACUACGUUCUCAUGCUAACCCGUAACCAAGUGACAUCAGACACUAUACUGGUGGAUGGUAACAAGCAAGAACAUCAGUUAAGCAAGCUCAUCCCUAGUACCACCUAUUCAGUGGUUCUCUACGCCACCAAGGGGCCCCUAACCAGUGGCAUUGUCGUCAUCAACUUCGUCACACCUAUGGAUGCGCCCCAGAAUCUGACCGCCAGCGAAGUCAAUCAUCGGAGCGCCCUCAUCUCUUGGCAACCGCCAAUCGCAGACAUCGACAACUACAUGCUAACUUACAAGUCAGCCGACAGCAGCCGCAAGGAGCUGAUUCUGGAUGCUGAGGACACAUGGAUUCGUCUGGAAGGACUGGCGGAGACUACAGAGUACACGGUCAGGCUGCAGGCUGCCCGGGGCCUGGAGACCAGCGCUAUCGUUUCCACCACUUUCACCACAGGAAAUCGCUUGUUUGCCAUGCCUCAGAACUGCGCGCAGCACCUCCUGAACGGAGAAUCCCUUAGCGGCGUCUACACCAUCUACAUUAACAGGGAUCCCAGCCAGGGCGUGCAGGUCUACUGCGAUAUGACCACCGACGGCGGGGGCUGGAUCGUCUUUCAGCGACGCCAGAACGGCCUUACGGACUUUUCGAGGAAGUGGAACGACUACCGCAUAGGCUUCGGUAACCUGGAGGACGAGUUUUGGCUAGGCUUGGACAACAUUCAGAAGAUUGCGGCUCAAGGUCGCUACGAGCUGCGUGUGGACAUGAGAGAUGGCCAAGAAUCAGCGUAUGCCAACUACGACAGGUUUUCCAUUGGAGAUGCCAGGAGCCUCUACAAACUGAGGAUAGGAGAGUACAAUGGCACUGCUGGUGACUCUCUGAGUUACCACCAGGGCCGACCGUUCUCCACGAAAGACAGGGACAACGACAUCGCGGUCACCAACUGUGCCCUGUCAUACAAAGGAGCCUGGUGGUACAAAAACUGCCACAGAGUCAAUCUCAAUGGCAAAUACGGAGAGUCAAGACACAGUCAGGGCAUUAACUGGUACGACUGGAGAGGACACGAAUUCUCCAUCCCAUUUGUGGAGAUGAAGAUGAGACCUUUCAACUACCGUAACAUCACUAGCAAGCGAAGGAGGUCCGCUCCUCUAUAA